AUGUUUGACCCGCUGACAAAACAACAGCUUGCUGGCUUGUGUCUGAGGAUUGUCCAGUUUUUAUCGGACAAGCUGAUGCAGAUCAUCAUCCCAGGUCUUUACGAACUACUGGGCAUCCAAGAUGCUGCCUCCUCUCCAUUGUCACAGAGAUCUCUCACAGCGUCACUCACCAGUCUGUUAGACGAUAAGACUAACACCAAGUCCCGCGUGAGAUUUACUGAGGCUGGUGUACCUAAGAGGCCAGGCAGUCGAAAGUCUUACAAUAGCUUUCGCAUCCCGACUCCCUACCCUUCCUCCAACUGUAUGGAGCAGGAAGAGGAAGAAGAGCAGGAAUCACAACUUAAGUUCAAGGAGAUUUACCUGACUAAGGGCAGUGGAAGCUACCUGCCCAAGGGGGCCAUGAGGAUUCUAACCUCUCUGUCUGAUGUGCAGAAAAAAACAACCAACUCUGAGACGCUACAAGUCCUCUUAGGUGUCUCAGAGGACACCCUCGUCACCUGUGUGCAGGACAGCCUGCAAGGUUCUCUCUCCAAACUUGCAUGCAUGUCCAAUUCUCCAUCUGGAAGUGCAGGCUCUAUGAUGCUAACCCCUGCUGUAAUGGCAGAGUUGGCUAAAGAUGUCAAGUCGGCCUUAUCAGUGGUCGUUAAGAGUGCCUCCUCUAGCCAAACCUCUCUAGUGACACCGGUAAGGGGAGACUCACAGACCAUGGUGACUGAGAGCAUGGUGAGAGAGCUGGCUGCUAAACUUGAAAAAGUUGACCAAGAGAGCAAGAGUCUAACAGGGCAAGUCAUGACCACCAUCUCUGACCCAAUGGUGGCUUUUGUUGACGAGAACGAACAGAAUUUGCUGGAAGAUCUGAAGGACAAGAUCACGUAUUUGGCAUCGCACGUUGGCUUCAUUGAGGAUCUUGAUGCCCUGAUAAGGAAAUACGAGAGCAGCUACAAUAUUAGUGAAUCUGGUUCCUCCUGCACGCUCACAUCUAAGAGCAUCCAAAAACUCUCCAGCCGGGAGUUUCAAACAUCAGCAAUACAAGCAGUUCUACUGAGCGAACCUCUCCAGUAA